AUGAAGUUUAGCAAAACUUUGAAAGAAAAGCAAGUGCAAGAAUGGAGAACUAAGUAUUUGAACUACGAGACGCUGAAAGAUAGGAUCAGAGAGCCGCAAGAGACAUUUCUGAGUGAUCUAAACAGAGAAGUCGAGAAAGUAGAGCUUUUCUACAAAGUUCUAGAGCGGGGAAUACUACGGGGGCUCGCCGACCUACUGGAGCUCUUCCCAGAGGACGAGUUUCCGUACGCGUACGAGAUAGUGUACGACAACUGGAGGCUGGCAAUGGUCAAAUCAGUUAGCGAGCGCAACAAGAGAUCGCGCCACGAGAGACACAAGAAAAAAGUCACUCGCAAGAUCCGAGAGAACAAAGUGCUGGAGUUCUACGUGGCCAUCAAUAAAGUUCUGCAGUACAAAAAGAUGAAUAUAACGGGAUUCAGAAAAAUACUGAAGAAGUACGACAAGCUCAACGGCACGUCGAUACAAGAGACAAAAAUGGCCGAUAUCCAGAACAGAUCCAUUUUUGUGCGGGAGACCAUCGAAGAGAUCAUGCAGUUCAAUCAGUACAUCCACAAAGAGAUCACGCCAGAUAGAAAAAAAGACAAAGCAAAGCGGCUGGUUGUGGACCUCACACAGGAAGACGCAGAGGGCGACGGAAAAAGCUUUUCAGCAGGAUCAAUGGUCACUGCAGGAAUAUUUUUGAUGGUUCUGUCUCUGUACUCCGACUUUUCCUUGUACUACAGCUUUUUGUACACUUUUGAUAUUCUGCUUAUCAUAUUCGGCGUACUCUUCUACGUGUGCCGUAAGAACCUUGUAAACUACAGUUUGAUCCUGGAGCUCAACCUAAAGCCAAAGCUUAAAAUUUCGCGCUACUUCCUCAUGACCACAAUCAUGCUUCUAGUUCACUCCGUUUCUGGGUAUCUAUCCAUCCACUGGGGAGUAGCAUAUGCAAUAACAUUUGCCAUCUGGAUAAUGCCGUUUAACUAUUUUUUCAAAGAGAUCAGAUUCUACUUUAUCCAAACAGUUUCCGAGAUGUUUGCAUGCACAGUGCUGGGAAAGGUGCGCUUCAAACACUUUUUCAUUGCAGACCAUCUGCUAAGUGUGCGGCCUGCACUGAUAUUGGCAAUGAGCGCGGCUUUUAAGAGCUCGCCCGACCCCAUUGCGUUGAUUAUUGUAAAUCUCACACCCGUAGUCAUCCGAAUCUUCCAGUGCCUAAGGAGACACUUUGAAAAGAAAAACAGGCAACCCUUCCCGCACUUGUACAAUACGCUAAAAUACCUGAUAUCUUUUUUUAGUGAUACUCUGCUGAUUUUAUCAGACAAUAUAAACGUGUGGGUGUGUGUGGCUGCUGUUGCGCUCUCAAAUGUCUUUGGCCUGGGCUGGGAUGUGUAUGUUGACUGGAUGCUGUGGAACAGACCGAAAGUGUACAGCAAGAAAAUGUAUUUAAUCGCCUGUGCAUUUAAUGUAGCAGUAAGAUCAGCCUCAGUGGGAAGCCUUGUGAUGCUCUGUCUUCUCCAGGAGAGUGUGGCAUUCAAGACAAAGCUGUCCAUUAAGUUUUCUCUGUGCUGUCUAGAAAUACUGAGGAGGCUCAUUUGGGGAGUUAUUCGAAUAGAAGUAGAGCACCUAAACAACUGCAACCAGCUCAAAGCCAUCAGCGGCCCACUAAGUGAUCUUUUCUACUUAGAAGACGACGGCCAGCUAGAAUGA